CAAUAGAGCCUUCACCAGUUCUCUUCUCUCUUUCGUUCCCAAUCUCAUCCCUUCCUCUCCCCACUCCAGAACCUUCCCUCUCCCUCUCCCUCUCUCCAUCCUUCCGCCGUCGGUAUCACCGGCCGAUAUCUGACUAAUCUGGCGAACUCCGACGAGCUGGCAGAGCUGGAAAGGAAGAACCGAGAGGUGGUUCUUUCGCUCUAUGAAGCCUUGAGCUGCCGCGACGUCGAAACCAUCACCAAGAUCCUCGCCCGCGACCUCGAGUGGUGGUUCCAUGGCCCUCCUUCCCACCAGUUUAUGAUGCGAUUGCUCACCGGCGCCGACAACAACAACAACAACAACAGCAACAUCAAAGAUCAGUCGAUUCAGUCCUCCUUCUCCUUUUCCCCCAAAUCGAUCGCCUCCUUCGGCUCGAUCGUGAUCGCCGAAGGCUGCGAUUCGGAGCGCGGGAUCUACUGGGUCCACGCCUGGACCGUCACGGAUGGGAUAAUUACCCAGGUCAGGGAGUACUUUAACACGUCUCUCACCGUCACGCGCCUCUCCAAAAUCGGCCGUUCAAGGUCAAAGUCCAGGUCGUCAGCAUCAUCGACGGUUGAGAUUGCUUCCGUGCAUUACUGCCCUUCCGUCUGGGAGAGCAGCCUCUCCAAUCUGGUGGGGAAGUCCGUUCCGGGGCUCGUUCUCGCUAUCUGAAUCUGAGCCGUCCAUCAAACACACGCCCGCAUCCCUAGAAAAUAAUAUUAUUAAUUAUUUAUUGGGUGAAUAAAGAAGGUGUGCCACGUGUGUGUUUGAGUCGCGGCGCGAGCGGAGAUGUAAGGCCUUUACCCUUAAGGCCGUGUUUGUUUGGCAAUUUGGUCCGUUUGUGGUCAUAGACUCUAGCUAAGGUUGCUCUGUUUCUAGUUCUAUCUCUCUCGUGUAAUGUCGGUGUGGUGUUAUCUUCGUGUCGGAAUAAAAUUGUGCGAUUUUAACAAAUUAUUAAUAGCUUCUUCGAAUUUUAUUUGGUAAAGCUAACGAUUUAAGGAAUAAUGAAUAUGCGACAUAGUAUAUUGUAUGAUUCGAAUACACUAUAUGCUAUCAUGAACACUACGAGCGACAUAGUAUAUUGUAUGAUUCGAAUAUACUAUAUGAUAUCAUGAACACUACGAGGAACAUGUUUGGAGGAUUCGAUAAAGCCGUCGGAGUUAGGCUCUCUUGUCAUGGCUGAUGUGGAGAGAGAGAUUCGGUUUCAUCCUAGGAAAAAUAUGUUAUUUGUGUAUAUAAUUACUAGGCUUUUGCAGUAGUGAGCUUUUAUUUUAUGAUAAGCGCGUGUAUAAAGGAACUGAUAAUUAAUUAAUGAAAGUAAAAAUUGUAGUCGGUGGGCCGUCGCAUGCCGGCGGUGGUGGACCAGACCGGAGAGUUGAACUUUUGAACGUCCAAUCUCCAAUGUAUUCCAACGGGGAAGUUGUGUCUCUGCCAUUAUCGCCCCCAUUUAACACAAUCGCUGCUCCACCAUUGUCCCAAAGUUAUUGUCGCUUUCGCAUUUCCGGCGAUUUUAUUUUAGGUUAAGUUAUAUUUAUUAUAUAUUGGGGAAUGGGGCUGUCAUCUUCAACUUUAUGAGAUAGAUAGUAUGGGAAUCAUGGUCUAUGAAAUCGUACUAUACUGGCGGUUCAACCACAAAAUAUUAGUAUAGGAGGUUAAACUGGUAGACGGUAUUUAACGGUACUAAUGGUUGAACUACAGUUAAAUUAUGAUUUUGUCAUUAAUUAUCCUAUCGCUGACUUUUCCAGUACGAUCUCCGGCCAGUAUGGUUUCAUGAACCAUGAUGGGAAGUGGAACAAAAGGAGAACAUUUCCAUUGCCAAUUUGCUAUUUUCUUAGAGAAUUACCAUUUUCCCUGGAAAACUGAAACCUAAUUGCAUCAUCAAGUGAGAAACUCUACCAAUUGAGCUAUAUCCCAAGGGUGAGGUGGAACAUGCAAAAUGAGUCACAUACUUCUAUUUUUUUUCCCAUCUAAAUUAGAUUUAUUGUAAAAGAAUUUUGAUAGCUACCUAAGACACUAACACAAAGAUCUUUUUUAUGGCAAUUGCGCAUACUUAUCAGUUAUAUCACAGACUCGCUCUCAUAUUUUUAGCUUUCUUCUUUCUUAAUUUGUGUUGUUUCCUUCAAAUCCAAGCCCACCUGUUUAGCACAUUGGCUGUGGUCCAACAACAAUUUAGGUUGCUAUCCUAGUUGCUUUAUCAAUACACAAUGAUGCUGCCUUCCAAGUUACAACUGGUCUUUUGUUCUCAAGAAGACGAUCGAGCAAUAUAAUCGGCAGCCUUUUUGCUUUCGAACACCAGCAUAUGGAAGCAAAAGGAUCGAAUAAAGAAGCGAAUAUCCUGAAUAACUAUUUCUACGUAACAAACAGAAGGGUCUCCUCCCUUUGUCCUUUAUCACCACCAAUCUGUUGCACUAAGUUUUGGAAUAUGUUGAAAUAUUGGUGGUAGUGACUAAUUUCAAAAAAAAAAAAAUGUGAGUCACUAGAAGUCUAGAACUAGAUGAUAUGUGUUAUAAUGGAGUAGACAAUCGACAAUACAAAGAAAUAAACGGCACAUGAAUUU